AAUAUAAAGGCGCCAAAAACAAUUAUAUUCUUCAGAUGCAUCAGUAAAACAUAUGGAAAUUUUUAGUGCUGUCAAAUAAUAUUGUAUGAAAUAUCAUACUCGAGAACUGUGUAACAAAAUUAGAAACUGUAAUUAAUAAUAUGCACGGAGUAUAAUGAUGUAAAACUUUAAACAAUAUUUUCUCAGCUUAUUGAGUUUAGCUUAUUCAGCUUAUUUUAUUGAUCAAGGCUUUUGCUAUUAUGGUGUAGAUCAAGGAAAAAAAACUACAUUGAGCUCAAAUACAGCUCAAGCCUUAGCAGUAUAAACUAAGUUUCUCAGCUCAGGCAAAGAUGGCUCAGAUUAGUUCGAUGUCGCUGUCGACUUGAAGCACCAUCUGUCAGUGGUUACUAACACCAUUAUUUCUCUAGAUCAGUUCUAGAUUUGCGUUUCUUACAAUUUCAAAUGUGGCAACAUAAAUUGUGCUACCUUUUAAACGUCUUUCUGUUUUAAUAUUGUAACAUACGUUUUGUACCAUACAAAAUGUAAAAUACACUAUUGGAGUAUGACAAUAGGAAAAAUUUGAUUCAUUCUUUUAUUAGCUUGUACAUAUUUAUAUCCUGCAAAAUUUGAUUUGCUUAUGAAGCAAAUAUUAAGCUAGUAUAGGAAUUAAUUGCUAACGGUAUUUUCUCUGAAAGGAAUUGCCUCAUAAUUUGUUGAAAUAAAGUUGUUGAUGUCGACAGACAGUCUGAUGCACGAAGAUUCAAAUUAUUCUGGCUACUCAAGUAUGAAUGGGGAUAUGAAAGAUAGCAUUUGCCGUGAUUAUUUGCGUAAUGUUUGCAACAGAGGCAACAGUUGUAAAUUUCGACAUCCUGAAGGCGAUGAAGCCAAGGCUUUGGGUAAGAAAGAUCUGAUUUUCUGUCAUGAUUUCCAAAAUAAAGAAUGCCGAAGACUCAAUUGCAGAUUUAUCCACUGCACCAAACAAGAAGAAGAAAUCUAUCGUUCGAGUGGCUAUAUUGCAGAACACAUUAUGGAGAGUGUAUCACAGAAAGGAGGAGGGCAGUUGAUCUCUAGCAUUCCAGUUUGUAAAGAUUUCCUAAAAGGAGAAUGUAAGCGAGGAGGUCGUUGCAAAUUCAGACAUAUCACAGCAGGACAGUAUCACAUGGAAAAUAAUAAUAUAAAUACCCGAAGAGGGCAGUUUGAAAAUUAUGAUCGUCAAUUUGAUGGUUUUGGUAUGUGUGAACCACAACCGAAACGACAGGCAUAUGAAAACAACUUUUCUCCCUUUGGUGGGGGAAAUGCCAUGCCUGAACCACAUCAGCUUUUCCCACAACAUUACCGCUUAUUACAAGAAGAAAAUGCCAGGUUGUUGCAUAAAAUUGAAGAACUAAAAAAACAAGUUGUUGAUCUUACAGCAACCAAUCAGUUCUUACGAGAACAGAAUGAACAAAUGCGAGGUUUGACAAGUAAGGACUGGUAUGUGUCUGCCUACCAAAAUUCAUACCUUGCGCCGUGAGGUAUAGAUCUGUAGCUUUUACAUUUUUGUCAUAUGUCACAUUAAUGUUGUUAUAUAAAUUUUAAUGCUUUGAUGUUAGUACAAAAGUAUAGAAAUUUGCUGAAAUCUGGUUGAAUUUAGUGUUCAACAUAUUUUAGUUGAUGAAAAACUUUUCCAUGUGCAUUCUUACACAUGUGUGAAUUUAUAUUUCUGUAUUUACCUGGUAAUUUUUAAAUCUCUCAUUUUUGAAUAAAACAAAGGGUCAGCGAAAAGUGCUAAACAUUUACAAAUGCA